GGACAUGGCUGACUAGCAGAAAGCAGCUCUGUGACAGAAGAGAGCCCCAGAGGAGGAACGCUCUGCCACAGUCUAAUCAAAACACCAAGGAUUCAGCUUUGGCCAACAUGGGUUCUGUGAAUUCCAGAGGUCACAAGACAGAAGCCCAGGUGGUGAUGAUGGGCUUGGACUCAGCAGGCAAGACCACACUUCUGUACAGACUGAAGGGCUACCAGCUGGUGGAGACGGUACCCACUGUUGGUUUCAAUGUGGAACCUCUUGAAGCUCUUGGGCACGUACCACUGGUUCUCUGGGACAUUGGGGGGCAGACCCAGCUCAGGGCCAGCUGGAAGGACUACCUGGAAGGCACUGAUGUCCUUAUGUAUGUGCUGGACAGCACAGAUGAAGCCCGCUUGCCUGAGGCAUUAGCUGAACUCAUGAAAGUCCUGAACAAUCCCAACAUGGUCGGUGUCCCUUUUUUGUUGCUGGCCAACAAGCAGGAGGCACCUGAUGCUCUUCCACUGCUUGAGAUUAGAAACAGGCUGGGACUGGAGAGAUUCCAGGGUCACUGCUGGGAGCUCCGGGCCUGUAGUGCCUUCACUGGUCAGGGACUCCCAGAGGCGCUGAAAAGCCUGCGAAGCCUUCGGAAAUCCCACAGGGGUGGGUGUGUCUCCAUGUGAGAGUCCACAGGGAGUAAGAGCAAGAAAUCAUGACUGGGCCCAAGUAGCUUAUCUCUGCCCAUAUGAACCAAAAGGACCAGCUAAUCCUUGAGAAAUUCAGCUCAGGUCAACAAACAAAAAUUUCUAUUUUUGGACAGAAUAUUUUUUUCUUGGGACUUAUCUUUAUUGGUGUUUGUGUUGAAAAUCAAGUAGUCUUUGAACCAUGAUACUCUAAGAAAAAAACUUAUUACACUUCAUUUAAUAGUUCAUUACCAUGUGUGAAUGAAGACAUGAGAUUACAUAUGUAAUAAAUUGAAGGCUAAGUUCACAAAGGCAAAUAGGUUUCAGAAUCAGAUUUGAGUAUCUUCUAGACAUGGUCAUGAUCAUUGUGAAUGAUUUUCCCUGGUGAAAUGGGAACAUGUCAUUAUCUCUCUUGGGGCAAGCAAUUGGGGCAGCAGUGGGGGUGAGUCUGCUCCCAUAGAAUCUUCAGUUGAGAGGUUCCCUGGGAUCUUUAGCCCUGGCCAAGAGGGCUGGGAGUUAAGGUCUUUCAAAAUUCACCCUCCUCCCUAACCCUGAUUAACCUGAUUAACACUUUUUCCAGCUU